GAGGACCACGUCUUCUCUGAUUCUUCACCUGAACAAAAUCACAGCCGCCGCAGACGACGCACGGCGAGGGGAGGCGAGCCGCGAGCGGGAUGGCGCGGAGCGUGUCGUACGUGUCGGCGGCGAAGCUGGUGUCUAUGGCGCGCGGCAAUCCCCGCGUCGCCAUCAUCGACGUCAGGGACGAGGAGAGGAGCUACCAGGCGCACAUCGCGGGGUCGCACCACUUCGCCAGCGGCAGCUUCGCGGCGCGGAUGCCGGAGCUGGUGCAGGCCGCCAGCGGCAAGGACACCCUCGUCUUCCACUGCGCUCUCAGCCAGGUGCGAGGUCCCACAUGUGCUCGGAUGUUCUUUGACUAUCUAUCGGAGACCAAGGAGGAUUCAGAGAUAAAGAACAUCAUGGUACUGGAGCUCGGGUUUAACGGAUGGGAGGUUUCAGGGCAGCCUGUUUGCCGCUGCACCGACGCUCCUUGCAAAGGGACGUGCUCAUGAACACACGAGUUCCAUGUCAGGCCUUCACAAUCAACGAUCAGCAUGGUCUCCGUUUCUGCUCUCGCUCACAUCGCCUCGUUACACGAGAGUUCAUUGGGUUAACUGGCAAUGCUAUUUUGUGGAAACUUCGUUGCAUAACUACCACUUUACUGUCAGAUACAAACACUCCACGGUACUGAUUCAUUUCAGAUUGGCUGCAAAGAUGAUACUGUUAUUAUGUUUC